UAAAAUAUAAAUAUAUUUAUAUUACAAUUGAUAUUCUAUGAAUAUAUUUAGAAAUAUUUCGGGAACAAAUUAAAUAUAAGCUAAGUGCUGUUUGUUUAUUCUGUAUUCCUAUUUAUGGAGCUACGAUCAAUUAUUGUGAAUAAAAUGUCUACAGGAUAAAAUACCUCGUAUUAACGCCGUAUUUGAUUUGGAGCUACACAUUACAGGCUACUGAAAAUGGCUCCAACAAAAUUCGGGAUAUUCAAGACUCGAAGUCGAGAUCACGCCGAGCAGCCUUCAACUGAAAAUCUUCUUCAGACGAGCCCCAGCAACGAUAAUGUUAACACACCGGACUCACCCGUGGCGUCAACCAGCAAAGGAAUCGUGUCAAACGAGGAUUUCUUUUCCGCGGACAUAUUUUCCGUAUUAAAUCUCGACGACGACGAUGAUGAUUUUAUCUGUGACGAAGAGUCGAGGCGGGCUAGUCUCUGCAGCAAAAUUGAAGAACAACGGAUAAUCUACGAAAAUCUGCAUAACCAAUCGACGGGAACAUCGACAAUUACACUCGAAGACGAUGAGCAAUCGUACGACAAAGCGGAAACGACUCUACCAUUGGAUGACGACGCGUCUACGUCAUAUGACGCAAAUUCCUUGCAAUUUGACGAAACAUCUAUAACCGCCAGUAACGAUGUGUCAAUGUACUGCGCGAUGUUGAAGAAACCGAAAAAGAGUAAAUCGAAGGAUCAGCAGCUGACGGAUCUAGACAUGUGGCAAGCUAGCAAUGUUGAAGUUUUGGAGAACCUUCUAAAUCGGAGCGGCAGUCUCGACGAACAGAUCAAAUGGGAGGCAAUAGCUACAGCCCGAGGGCUGUGCACACUUACCGAUAGUUGCACAUGCGCUGACUGCACGGGAGUCACUUACCUGGCUGGGGUCACGGAUGGCGAUGGUGGAUUAGGGGUUGCACCACUUUUCAGCGCUAUCAAUGUUGGGUGCCAAGUGCAGUAAAUAGGAAAACGGGAAGCCUUGCAUGGAAGGCUUUACUGUUCUGAGGAAAAGGGGACGUACACUUACGAGGUACGUAACUAAAGAGGUCUUGCUCGUUUUCACAAAAGUGAUGUCGCGAGUAAAUACUUGAAGGCGAUUGGAUCUAUUUCUCC